GUGUGGUUCCAGAACCGGCGAGCAAAAUGGCGCCGUCAGGAGAAGAUGGAACAAGCGCAGCUGCGCCUUCACGAGCAGUCCAUGGGCCUACUGCAUAGGCCUUCCGGUCCACCGGGGCCCCUGGACCACUUCUUCCCACCUCUGCUGCCAGGCCUGCCAGGCCUACCCAGCCUACAAGGCACCAUGCCUUCCAUUCAUGGCGGUCUGACAGCCAUGGGCGGGGCUGUCUCCUCUCUACCUGGCUUUUUAACCCACCCGCACGCAGCCUACCCUUCUUAUCUCACCCCGCCCACCUCCUCAGCCAUGGGCGUGGGUCCGCCGAGCGCGCCCACAUCUACAGCCCCGCCCGCUUUCACCACGCCUCCUCUACCCAUGUCUCCGCCCCUGCCAACCCCCGUGCAGGAGCGGGCCUCCCCCCCAGCAGGGGCUGAGGACGACCUCAGGUCAUCCUCCAUUGUGGCACUGAGACUCAGAGCCAAGGAACACCUGGAGAGCCUCGUCAGGACCUCAGCACUCGUAUGAAUCCACUACUUCAGCAGCUCGUUCCACAGUCGAGUAACUCAGCCAUAUUCUUCGGCCGGGUUCUUCAGUUAGUCUCCGAAGGUACUCAAUCCUUCAGCCAGCUCAGUCCAUAGCUCUUGGCACUUCGCUAACCUGAGGUGAUAUAACUCCAACGCAACAGCUCUCAGACCUCUGUACUUCACACUCAGACCUUGAGAGAGUCAGUCUACCCUUGAACUUCACGCUAGAGAUUGUCUUGGCUUCAAUGCGGCUAUCUAAACAGAAGGUGUAAUCUUUUACGAAUGGCUUAUAGAGAUCAUGGUUGGCCUGUAAUAGUCGUGGCUAACUUACAGAGAUCAUGGAUGACCUGCAGUAAUCGUGGCUGACUUACAGAAGUCAUGGCUGACGUGCAGUAAUCGUGGCUGACUUACAGAAGUCAUGGAUGACCCUCAGUAAGCGUGGCUAAGUUACAGAGGUCAUGGCUGACCUGCAGUAAUCGUGGCUAAAUUACAGAGGUCAUGGAUGACCUGCAGUAAUCGUGGCUAAGUUACAGAGGUCAUGGAUGACCUGCAGUAAUCGUGGCUAAGUUACAGAGGUCAUGGCUGACCUGCAGUAAUCGUGCCUAAGUUACAGAGGUCAUGGCUGACCUGCAGUAAUCGCGGCUUAGUUACAGAGGUCAUGGCUGACCUGCAGUAAUCGCGGCUUAGUUACAGAGGUCAUGGAUGACCUGCAGUAAUCGCGGCUUAGUUACAGAGGUCAUGGAUGAUCUGCAGUAAUCGCGGCUUAGUUACAGAGGUCAUGGUGACCUGCAGUAAUCGCGGCUUAGUUACAGAGGUCAUG